AUGGGUGCCACACUCUCAGGGGCCGAGAAACCUAUAAAGUGGACUGCUGAGAUGGACAUGGCUUUCAAAGAUCUACACAACAGCCUCAGCUCUCCACCAGCCCUGGGCUUACCAAACUAUGGUGAACCUUUUCAUUUGUACAUGCACGAUGCAGCAGGCACAGCAGCAGCGAUCCUCACUCAGUCUCAUGGUGGAACAUACAGACCAGUGGCGUACUUGUCAAAAACCUUAAAUGCAGUCGCCAAAGGCCUCCCUGCAUGCUUGCGAGCAGUUGCUGCUGCGACGUUGAUGGCACAAUACGCAGAACCAAUAAAAAAAAAAAGUCAUAUAUCUGGUACGGGGGGUGGCCCUCCAACCCAAGACUUCACCACAGCAGAGGAGCUGGCCCUGGACUUAAAUAAAGGGAAGCCAGUGAUUGAAGGGAUCCAGGGAGGGACAGCCACUGACUCUGGCCCAGCAAGGGAUACUGGCCUCUUCAUACAAGUGGCUGGCAACACCAUUACACUUUUGGAGCCACCAGACUAUGAUUCGCCGAGGGAAGCCAUAUCUACAGCAGUGGAGUGCACUUCUGCCGAUGAUGAGACCGUGUCGCUGGACUCCAGAAGGCUCAAGGAUCCUGACACUGGGCAGCCUGAUAAGCAGCCUGGUAACAUAAAUUCACAAACUGUCAGAUAUCUCUACACAACGCAUCUUAAGAGACAGAUCGAGCUGUCAGAAGUCAAGAUUGAUGUGAACAAAAGAAAGCUGCAGGACAUGGACCUUGAGAUGCAAAUUAAACGCAAGACACUGAGGAAACUAGAACUGGAAAUCCAGAAACUAGAAAGAGAAGUUUGGCAGAAGGAGGCAGACGAGGAGUGAGGAUCUACGUG